AUAUUUCUAUUUGUUUCUAUUUUUCCUUAAUAAUUUUAGUAACUAAACAUAACCUUUCUAUUCUAUUAAUAAAAAAAAAUAAAUGAUUUAAUUUUUAUUUGUUUAUUGAAAAAAAUGGUGUCGCCUUUAAAUUUGGAAGUUGGAACACCAAACAAUAACCAAAACGAAAAAGAACCUAUUUCUAACAAAAGUGAAUCACAACACAAAAAAAAUAAAACAACUGGAAUUGGUUUAUCGUUUUCUUGAAUCUCCUUCAAUAAAAAUCCAUCAAAAGAUUCAUCUUUUUUUUCCAUCAACACUUUGUUUUUUUAUAUUCACAAAAUCAAUUACAAAACAAGCAAAAAAAGAGGUUAUUGUAGAAAAGGAAUUGGUUUUUAUUAGAGGUAUUGUUAGAAAAAAAUGGGUUGUGGAAAAUCGAAACAUGAUGUUGUUACGGGAAACACCACGAGGAUCAAGAAACCUUCGGAAGCUGAAUCAGUGAAAGGAAAAGAGAGCGAAACAAUUAAAAGACAAGAAAGCUGCCGGUGCCGGAAAAAGAAUGACAUUUCCGACGUAGUUUCCGGUGACCAGCCGGAGACCAACGUAGAAACCAAUAGCAAGAAACCGGAGGAAAAGGAAGGUGGAGGAGAUUGUAGUGAAACGGUGGCGGUAGAGAUGACGAAUGGUGACAAACAACCGGAGGAAAAUGAAACAACAACAACUUUUCCGCCGGUGGCGGAGGUGGCGCUGAUAGUGCCGGAGAAUGUUGUGACGGAGGAGACCGUUAACGACGUGAAUGAGAUUGAGAGCGUUUCGCCGGUUGAAGGACAAAAGGAAAAAAUUGAUAUUGAAACGGUGGUAGAAGAAGAGAAAAGUAUAGAGGAUAAAAAUGAUGAGGAUGUUGAAAGCGAAAUUGCAUCUUCUGAGGUUGAAGAACCUAUACCUGAGGUACAAACUCUAGUAACAACAGAAUUAGAAGUUCAAGAAAUUCCGACCACGGAAAAUGACGAAUUUGCAGCCACGGAAAAUGAUGAUAUCAUGGCCACGGAAAAUGAUGAAAUUUCGGUUUUAAAGGAUGAAGAUAAAGUUGAUGUUGUAGAGGAAAAUCCGGCCGAUAUAACAAAGGUAGUUGAGUCGGCAUGAAGAAAGCAAAAGAAGAGAAUGUAAAGAAAGUUUGUACUCUAAGCAUCCAUCACCAAAUCAAAUCAUUAUUUCUUUAAAAUAAAAAAUAAAUAAAAAAGAUCUAUUUUUUCUUUAAUUAUUCUUAUGUAUAAAAAUCAAACUCUUAUUUUAUAGUAUCAGAGCAAAAUUUAUUUACUCGGAGAAGAUAGUCAUACUUAAAAUUUAUCACCGGUCCUA